AUGAUGGACAUGAGUCCUGCUGGGAAAGAUGGACAAUCUCCCAUCAGUUCAAAGAAAACUUCCAAGAAACCUAAAUAUUCCAAAUUCUCACAGCAAGAACUUCCUGCAUGGAAACCGAUUCUAACACCUGGAUGGGUUAUUGCCGCAUUCACUGUCAUUGGAAUCAUCUUUAUCCCUGUUGGUCUUGCUUCCUUGUUCUCAUCAGAGAGGGUUGAGGAAGCUGUAUUCAGAUACGAUGACACGUGUCUUCCUUCUUCUGAUGCUGGAAAUCCAGUUGCAUAUAUAAAAAAUGAUGCCACUAACAAGACAUGCACUCAUAAAUGGAUUGUUGAACACAAAAUGCAAGCUCCGAUUUUCAUCUACUAUCAGCUUGAUAAUUACUUUCAAAAUCAUCGCAGAUAUGUUAAGAGUAGAAGUGACAAGCAAUUAUGGGAUAAGAAUUCUGGAUGGGAAACAAAGAACUGUUAUCCAGAAGACAAAACAAAAGAAAAUGAGCCAAUUGUUCCUUGUGGUCUCAUUGCAUGGAGUUUGUUCAAUGACACCUACAAAUUUUCAAUGAAGAACAAGGAAUUAACUGUCAACAAAAAAAACAUAGCAUGGAAAAGUGACAAAGGUUCUAAAUUUGGUCAUGAUGUUUAUCCUAAAAAUUUUCAGGGUGGUGGUUUGAUUGGAGGUGCUAAACUCGACGAAAGCAUACCGUUGAGUGACCAAGAGGAUCUCAUUGUUUGGAUGAGAACAGCAGCGCUACCGACUUUCAGAAAAUUAUAUGGGAAGAUAGAGUCUGAUCUUGAAGCGAAUGAUGAGAUAGACAUAUUAAUCGAGAAUAAUUAUAACACAUAUGAGUUCGGAGGUAAAAAGAGAUUGGUUCUCUCAACCACAACUUGGAUUGGUGGGAAAAAUCCAUUCAUAGGGAUGGCAUACCUUUUUGUUGGUGGCAUUUCCUUGUUAUGUGCCAUAGGGUUCAUUCUUCUGUAUGUGAUCAAGCCAAGACCUCUUGGAGAUCCAUCCUACUUGUCUUGGAACAGAAAUCCAGGGAUCUUAAAAUAA